AUGCCAUUCCCAAUGACAUAUGUUGAGUUUAAGGAGUUGAUCUACAUGAGAUCAUGGCAGGCAUCAGGACUAUUGGUAUUCUAUUACUACUUCAUGUUGAUACUUGGUCUAUUCUACUUCAUUUCUAGCAUCGUCUGGCAGACAAAGUAUCAUGGUGUUGGUGGAUUCUUCCUUGGACUACUCUACGGAUCAUUGAGAUUGUUAUUAUGUUGGUUCAUUGCUAGAUUAUCAACAGAGGUCAUGUUGUCCAUCCUGUGCAUUAGGGAUGGUAUCUAUUCCAAGACUGUACAACAACCAGCUUCUGCUUCUGCUACUUCCUCUUCAUCUGCACCAUCCAACAACAACAACAAUAACUACAACACAAUUGGCGUAGACCUAAACAAGCAACAAACCAGCAACCAGCAGUCAAACUACCAGGUUGAGUCAUACAAUUCAAACCUU